UCCGGGUGCGGCUUCUGUCAUAAAGCAAAGCUGAGACGUUCUUUCUAACGUGGCGUCGUGGGCACUUUGCGCCUCGCCUGGGGUCAGCAAGCAAGGACGAGCGCCGACAGGGGUACUUUGUAGCCAACAGCUGGAGCCGUCCUUGCGUCCCGGGCCCUCGCUGUGGCACCUGUGAUCCCUCAGAGCUGGCUGGGUUUUCAGCCCUCACAGGGGCGCUGAUUCGCAGCUCCAGGACUGCAGAAGAGAUCUUUUCCUCUCAGUUGAAUCUCCCAGUAAAACAAAUCUGAAGUCCCGGAUGUCAUGCAGCUCCCAUCGGAUAAAAACUUUCUUUAAAAGUUCAUGCUUACUAGGGAGUUUGUGGGAAAAGUGAAACCCAAUAUACACAGAACACUAUGGCUGAGCACGGAGCGCACAUUACAACUGCUUCUGUGGCUGAUGACCAGCCAUCCAUCUUUGAGGUGGUAGCCCAGGACAGUUUAAUGACAGCCGUGAGACCUGCUCUGCAGCAUGUGGUCAAGGUUCUUGCAGAAUCCAAUCCUGCCCAAUGUGGCUUCUUUUGGAGGUGGUUUGAUGAAAUCUUUACUCUGCUAGAUUUUCUGCUCCAGCAGCACUAUUUGUCUAAAACCAGUGCCUCAUUUUCUGAGAACUUUUAUGGCUUAAAGCGGGUUGUAAUGGGGGACUCUCCCAGGUUGCAGAGACUGGCCAGCGCGGGUCUCCCCAAGAAGCAGCUUUGGAAAUCAGUUAUGUUCCUGGUUCUUCUUCCCUAUCUGAAAGUGAAGCUGGAGAAGCUGGUCUCCAGCCUGAGAGAAGAGGAUGAAUAUUCCAUUCAUCCUCCUUCUUCCCACUGGAAACGAUUUUACAGAGCCUUUCUGGCAGCCUAUCCAUUUGUUAAUAUGGCCUGGGAAGGUUGGUUUCUUGUACAACAACUUCAAUACAUCCUAGGAAAAGCUCAGCACCACUCACCCCUGCUGAAGCUGGCUGGAGUUCGGCUGGGUCGACUGACAAUUCAGGAUAUACAAGCUCUGGAGCACAGACCAGCUGAAUUUGGCAGGAUGCAGCAACCAGCCAGGAGUGUUAGUGAGAAGAUAAAGUCAGUUCUGAAGAAAGCUGUGGGGGGUGUUGCCUUAUCCCUCUCAAGUGGCCUUUCUGUUGGCGUAUUCUUCCUGCAGUUCCUUGAUUGGUGGUACUCAUCUGAAAAUCAAGAAACCAUCAAAUCACUAACUGCACUGCCUACCCCACCACCACCUGUACACCUAGACUACAACUCUGACUCUCCCCUAUUACCCAAAAUGAAGACUGUGUGCCCUCUGUGCCGUAAAACCCGGGUGAAUGAUACUGUUCUUGCCACCUCUGGUUAUGUGUUUUGUUAUCGCUGUGUGUUUAAUUAUGUGAGGAGUCACCAAGCUUGUCCCAUCACAGGUUAUCCAACAGAAGUACAACAUCUAAUUAAACUGUACUCUCCUGAGAACUAAAAGGAA